AGCACUUUCUACUCUUUAACUCAAACAUGACCAACAACUCAGGAUGCCCCAGAAGAAAUGAUGAGGAGCUGAGGAUAGUGAUGGUGGGGAAGACUGGAAUUGGGAAGAGUGCCACUGGAAACACCAUUCUGGGGCGAGAGGGCUUUCUGUCAAAGUUCAGUGCUACAUCUAUGACUGUAGACUGUUCCAAGUGCAAAGCUGAGGUGGAUGGGCAACUGGUUGCUGUCAUUGACACCCCGGGCCUGUUUGACACCAGGUUUGGCAUGGAGAAAACAACUAAAGAUGUAUGCCAGUGCAUCUCUUACGCUGCCCCUGGACCCCAUGUGUUCCUGGUGGUCAUCAAGCUGGACAGAUUCACUCCUGAGGAAAAGCAGACGGUGCAAAGGAUUCAAGAAAUCUUUGGCCAGGCUGCAGACAGAUACAGCAUGGUUCUCUUUACUAACGGUGACCGUCUUGAAGACACCACUAUGGAGGAGUUCUUGAAUGACAGCUCAGAACUUAAAGAACUCGUGGCGAGAUGUAACGGCCAGUACCAUGUCUUCAACAACAAGAAGAAGAAUGAUCGCUCUCAGGUCACUGAGCUGCUCCAGAAGAUCAGAAAUAUAGUCCAGAGGAACGGAGGAAGUCACUACACCACCGAGAUGUUCCAAGAGGCCGAGAGGGCAAUCGAAGAGGAGAAAAAACGCAUCCUGAAAGAGAAAGAAGAGCAAAUACAGAAAGAAAGAGAGGAAUGUGAAAGGAAACUUCAGGAAAAAUAUAAAAAAGAAAUAGAGAAAAUAAAUGAGAAUCUCCAGGCUGAAAGAGAGAGGGAGAGGAAAGAGAGAGAGGAUGAGAGGAGGAGGGAGAAGGAGGAGAUGAAUGAGGAAAGAAAGAGGGAGAGGGAAGAGCUACAACGACAGAGAGAGAAAGAGCAGGAGGAGAGAGAAAGGGAGAAGAAUGAACUAACUGAACAGUAUGAGAAAGAAUUGAGAGAGGAAAGACAAAAGUUGCAGUCCAGAUAUGAAAAGGAGGCCAGGGAGGAAGCUGAGGGGUUUAAUCCAUUGGCUCUUCUGGUAAAUCCUAUUGAAGCUAUAGCUGGAGGAGUUCUACAAUUGACAAGGGCUUUUAAGAGCUUGUACUGAGUGAGUGGUCCCAAAUUCCUUUACCUACAGAGGAACCCUCAAGAUGUUCCCACACACAGGAACAAAGUAUAAAUUAUAAAGAAAAAAUUUAAUCCACAGAAAUAUAAUCACAAUUAAUUUUUUCCCCCAUUAUCUGAGUGAAUGAUGAAGCUAAUUUUAUUUGUUGUUGAGUUGAGCUAUAUACUACAUGUUAGUAAGGCCAAGUCACUCAUCAUAACAUAGUCUCAAAUUGCCAUCUAGUUUUUACAUAAGUAUGUGAAUAUGGCCUAAGGAUAUAUUCAGUGUGUUUAUCAACAUUAACAGUAUAAAAUGUUGCAUAUAAUUUACAUUUUAAGAUCAUAUCAUUUUUUUGUAUUUUAAAUCACUGCCCUUUGUUUUCUGCAGACUAAUAGUCUCCAUAAUUAGAAUGAGAUCUCAUUGGACUCAUUCUUCUGUUGCUUUUGUCUUUUGCUAAGAGCCACCUAGUGGGUUCACAAUAUAAAUAGUAUAUACCAUUUUCAUCUCAAGUAUACCUAAUUGAAUUUAUUGUAACUGUAGCAGUUUGUCCUUCAUUCCUUAAGUUCAUGGUUUAUAUUUACAUAUGCCACUCAAGAACAACUAUGUGUGCAUGUACAGGGGAUGGCGAUGGUGCAGUGGAUAACACACAUGCCUUUUGUGUGAGAGAUCUG